CCAAAAAUCCACCACCAGAUCUAGAAGAAAAUCCUAGUCAUAGUUUCCCCAUGAUGGAAGUGGCAAACCCCCACUACGGAGAAGAUGGAGAUCAAGCCCGCACUAUUAGAGUGUAUCGCCCAUGGACAAACACAGAAAUGACUGAAGCCUGUAAAGGGUUAGGAGACCCUACAAAAGAUGCCCAGGAAUGGGUAACCAACUUCAAACAGUUAAUGGCCUCGUACCAAUUGAACGGUUACGAAGCAACCAAAGCUCUGCAAAUGUGUUUUGGACAUAACUGGACCAGAGUGAGAGGAAAUUACACCGGAAAGGAUGCAGAUGAAGCAUGGCUGCCAGCAGGAAGUGACAGCCUGAA